AUGGAGAUUCCUUUCACCACACAUCCCGACGCCAUGACCGACGAUCCCGAUCGCAAUGCAUCAUCGUCCGAACGCCUGCGCGCGCACAGGGCUUCGCUCGAGAACCCGCACGCGUCGCGCGCACCGUUUUGGGACGCCGUCGUGCUCACCGCGUGCUCGCGCUCGCAGGCGCGUGGAUUCCGCGCCCGUCUCGACGAUUUGCACGACCAAGGGAAACUGCCGGGCGAACGCGAGCUCUACGUCGUCGUCGCGGACGAACCCGGACCGCGGUGUGGCUCGGGCGGGGCCACUAUCGCGGUGUGCAGAGAACUCAGAGGGUGGUUCGGGGACGGUUGGCGCGAGACGCGAACGUUUUGCCUGCACGCGGGUGGACACAGUGAGCGCGCGCCGCAGCACGGGGUGUGCGGUAAAGCUUUCGCAGAGAUUCCCAUGGACGCGUCGGGGACCGGGACGCCGUCCACUGUGCUGGAGGCGCAGUUGGUGCAGUUGACACCGCUGCUGGAGACGCUGCCGGCGGGCGUCUUCGUGUCGUGCGCGGAUGUGUCGUUAGAGUACGAGCGAGGUCUGGGGCGAUUGGACGAAGAGACGAUGAAGGAGAUGGAAAGAGGGAUUACAGCGCUGGCGCAUCCGAGUUCGGUGACGAUUGGGGAGCAACACGGAGUGUUCGCGUGUGAUGCCACAGAAGUUGCCAAGGCGGCUCGAGCGUCGCGCACAGGAGAAACGCCGAGAGCAUUGGCGUGUCGAAGGUGCCUACAGAAGCCGUCGGCGGCGCAGAUGCGAGAGACGGGCUGCGUGAUGGGCGGUAACGGCGAAGAGGAGGAAUGGGUUCUCACUGAUAGUUGUUUUCACAUAGGCGUCGACGCGGUGGCGGCGCUAAUUGAGCUCGAUGCGACAAGGCGAAACGUAUUGGCAGGUUGCGAGAUCUGCGCCUACGGCGAUUUCAUGCAACCGCUCGGAAGCGAUCCGGAUACGUCGUAUUUAGACCGCGUUGAUCAUAUCGCAAGCGUCACGUCGGCAUCGUUGAACGAAGGCGAGGAUCGAUUGAGAAUGGCGAGACGUGCUGUUGCGGAGGCGUUAAGAGGGCGUCCAUUGAUUGUGAUUCCGCUCAUCCCGAGCCGGUUUAUUCAUCUUGGAACGAUCCCUGAGUUUUUGUAUCACACGACGAGGGAUAAGGAGUUUCUUCGUUCGUUACCCGCGCCAGGUAUUCCAGUGAACAUUGCAUCUUCGAUGAGUGCGCAGUUUCUUCAGCCAGAAGAUUCCGUGGUGAUGUGGAGUGUGAUCGGCGAUGGAUGCAGCUUGGGUUCUGGGUCGUGCCUUGUGAACUGUGACAUCGAAGAAGGAGUCAGCAUCGCGGAAAACUGCGCGCUAUAUGACGUCGAACUUGCAGGACAGAUUGGCGCCGUGACACCGGGCACGUUCAUGUAUACGCUUCCCUUGAGUUGCGAUGAUUUCAGCGACACGACAGAAAAGUUUGUGACAAUCAUCAUGAACGUGGACGAUGUCGUCAAGUCGCGAACGUCGAGUACGAUUUGUGGCGUUCCAGUUGAAGAGGCGGCGCGUCGCCUUGAUCUAGAUACUUCUAGUGUGUGGCGAGCCAACGAGGCGCACACAACAACGUUGGCGAGAUUCUUCACCGUGAGUGAUACCGCGCGAGAAUCCGCAAUUGAGGCGCUUAGAAUGGCAAAAAGGCUGAAGUGUGGUAGGUACGACGAGACGAAGGUGGCCAAGCAUGACGUUGUUCGUAAAGUCAGUAUUAGUGAAGUGCUUCGCAAGUUUUCUGAUAGCUCCACUCUGAUUAUUCGUCAGGGCAAACAUCGGCGCCGCGUCUUGGUCGAAAGCAUAUCGAGACUUGUGCAAGACGGUAUUCCAGCGAGCGAAUGGAGAACGCGCGCGCCGCACGUCGCGACUCUUUCGAGAGAAUUUGAAGACGCACUGUUGAGUGCGCAACAAAUCAAGCACGCGCUGAAGAGCAUGCUUCGACGAGAGGAGGACGACUGCUAUAACGAUUCCGCGGAACACCUUCUUACCGUCGGCCGAGUGGCUCUUUCAUUAUGCGUCCCGGGCGCGGACACGAUCGCUCGUGACUGUCUGCGUGAUGUUAUCGUGCAACCAUUCAGCUCGAGUGUGGUGCCCAAGUUAGCGCUCCAAAAGCGGUUCAACAUACGCGUUUCUUAUCCUGCAAGAUUCAAUUUAGCCGGUGGCUGGACGGACACGCCACCUUAUUCUCUGGAAAGAGAAGGCGCCGUUCUGCACGUGCCGGCUCUCAUCGAUGGCAAACGGCCCAUCACCGCAACUGUGACUCGACUCACUCCAAAUUCAGCGGAAGGUUUCUUUGAUUUCGUGAUGAAAGAUGAAGUGACGAGCGAAGAGCGUCGUCUGAGGGUGGCGUCUGUGCACGAUCUUCUGAAUCAUUAUGAUCCCACGCAGGCGUUCGCGCUGCACAAAGCCGUCGUCGCGCUUCUCUUGAUUCCGGAUCUUGUUGACAAACCUUGCGUAGAAUACGAUGGAGACGCAUCGCUUACACAGCUUUUGAUUGAUUGUUUUGGAGCCAGUUCACUCGAAGUGCGCACUGAAGUGAAUCUUCCGAAAGGAUCGGGACUUGGGACGAGUAGCAUUUUGGCCUUGGCGAUGUUACACGCGAUGAUCGAGUGCGCGCAGGGAGCGAAGUGGAAACCGCUAGACGAAAGCGGGCGCCCGAUCGCACUUGCCGCGAGAGUCGAAAGAUUCGACGAAAAUAAGCUCCCAUGCGAAGUUGCGGGCGAGUUUUCAAGCAUGGAUAUGCGCCUUAGCAUCAACUCGGUCCUCGCUGUUGAACAACUGAUCACCACGGGUGGCGGAUGGCAAGACCAAGUCGGCGGAGCAAUAGACGGUUUGCGACUCAGUCGUUCAACGCCAGGAAACGGUUGGCGGCUGGCAACGGAUGCGCCCAUGAACGUGCUUCCAGUGUACUCUUAUGACACCGCGCCCAUGAGUAUUGCGGCCAAGCUUCUUAUCAAUUCGCGAUUUGCUUGCGUCUUCACAGGCACCUGUCGUUUGGCCAAGACGGUCUGCGAUUCCGUCGUCACCACGUGGCAGAAACGUGAGCCCGGCGUCGAAGGGGCUCUGGAACGAUGCGCAGCGCUGGCUUCAACAAUGUUUGAGACGUUCAGAGAGCUUGGCGAACGCGAAGAUAUCGACGAUGGAUUCGGCGACGCCGCCAUCGAGCGGCUUGGCAAUCUUCUCGAAGAACACAAGCUUGUGCAGCAGUCCCUCUGGUCAUCGAUAGAGAGUCCCACGAUUCGAGCGAUAUAUAGCGCUAUCGAGCCACUGAGUCACGGAAGUUUCAUCUGCGGUGCCGGAUCUGGCGGCCAUGUGAUAGCUUUCCUUAAGUCUGGCGUUGAUCGCGAGACUGUUGUACGAGCAGUCAGCAGAUGCACAGACGCACCCGAGGCUCGAGUCGUGGAAGCCACGAUGCUGCUCUGA